CCGAGGGUAGGAGAUCCGAGCGGCGGCUACGGGUCGGCGUUGGGCUCAACGCGCUCGAACAAAGGGCUCUCCGGGCCGGCGCCGCAGCUUGGGACGGGCUGCCGGCCCGUCGGGCUCUAAGCCGCGCCUCGGUCCCCGCGGCACCUGCUGCCAGAGGCCCGCGGCCAGCGCGGGCUCGUGAUGGGGCUCCUCUUCGCGAAGCUGUGGAGCCUCUUCUGUAACCAAGAACACAAAGUAAUCAUAGUGGGACUGGAUAACGCAGGGAAAACCACCAUUCUUUAUCAGUUCCUGAUGAAAGAAGUGGUUCACACCUCUCCCACCAUAGGAAGCAAUGUGGAGGAGAUCGUGGUGAAGAACACACAUUUCCUCAUGUGGGACAUCGGGGGCCAAGAGUCCCUGCGCGCCUCGUGGAACACCUACUACUCCAACACGGAGUUCAUCAUUCUUGUUGUUGACAGCAUUGACCGGGAACGACUAGCUAUUACAAAAGAAGAAUUAUACAGAAUGCUGGCUCAUGAGGAUUUACGGAAGGCUGCAGUCCUUAUCUUUGCAAAUAAGCAGGAUAUGAAAGGCUGUAUGACAGCAGCUGAGAUCUCUAAGUACCUCACCCUUAGCUCCAUCAGGGACCACCCCUGGCACAUCCAGUCCUGCUGCGCCCUGACGGGAGAAGGGUUAUGCCAAGGUCUUGAGUGGAUGAGCUCCCGGAUUGGUGUGAGAUAACUGUUCCGCUCGAGAGAGACUGCUUUAUUUAUUCUGUGGACCUGGACACUCUCCCCGGCACCUUUGGCUGCUGAGGCAGCAGCAUGUUUAAUUUAUAACAACACAAACCUCUGCAAGCGACACUUGAAUCAAGUGCAGCUGAAAUGGAAACAUAAAAGAGUUUUUAACUUUUUUUUAAUGCACUAAUCUUCAGUUGGAUGAGCAUAAUGUAUGACUAUGUUUUCAGCAACAAAUUCUUCUGACUGCUAUUCUAAUUAUUCAAAGACUGCCUCGUGAGAAGUGUUUGUUAUGUAUUCAACGUUUUCUGAAGUAUUGUCACGACCCUUUCGUUUAUUGAUCCCAAUGCCCACCCCCCAUUAAUUACUAAUUUGAUAGAGUCAUAGUGGAAAUCAUCAGGUACCUCUUGCAAACUUCUCUGGCUCUGCACAUUUGCUUCCUCCGUAAACCACUUAUCGUGUGGACAGAACUUGUAACAAGUGGGGGAAGCCGCCUGGAGGGUACACACGCAAAGACUAAACAUCACAAGAAUUUGCCUUUACAUGAGUGACUCCCCCACCGUAUUGCAAAUCAUGGAAUAAUUUUGCAUUGCUAUUAGCAUGGAAAUUAAGUAGAUUAUUUAUCUGAAAGAAUGAAGGUCACUCUUCAGCCUGUGACUGGAGAGCGAGAAGUGACCCUUUAUUCACAUUUGGUCAGAAACUAAUCCCAGCUUUGAUGAUGAAUGCUGUUGGAUAAAUCUCAUGUUAAGAAUGUCACAUUAUCCAAGGCAAACAUAACUAUAUGACAUUACUAAAGCAUACCAGCGCUAAAAUGGAAACAAUACCUGGGAUGUUAUUACUAUCAAUUACAGACAACUUUAUUAUCAGCAAAAGCUUCAAAAAUCUAUUUGCUAGGGGCAUCAUAUCUGUAAAUACUAUAUUUUGAGCAAGAACUAAAACAGAAAUAUAAACAGUUCAUUUUAUUUCAUAAAUUUUGAAGAAUACCUGCAUCUGUAAUAACAUUUCUACCACCAGCAGCAUAUUACUUACUGUACCACGUGGCGUUCCUUACAUCCAUUUGAGGGUGUAGUAUAAUAGGCUAGAAACAUUGUCAUAUUUAUAGUUAUGCUUCCUGUUGUAAUAUUUUUUGCUGGAUUAUAGGCAACUGCAGAGUUUAAUCCUAGUUUUUAGACUAUUACUUCAAGACUCAAAGUUAAUACACUAACAACUUAUAAGUUUAGAAAGAGGAAAAAGUCCCAAUCUAUCAGAAGUGUAUUGGAUAGCAUUAAGUCACAAGACAGUUUUUCUAAGGAAGAAAAAUCUACACAUUGCGUACCUUAAAUUAAGAGGGAAGGACAAGCAUAGUAGUUUCAAUCCUGCUUUUUUCAGAUGUUUGAGUUUGCAAUAAUGAAAAGGUUAAAAUGCAUACUUAGAGAAUAAUACUUCAUUGUGCAGUAUUUUUUAAUUUGGGUCAAAAAAUAAGAUUCCGUGUUCAUAAGAAUAUCAAAAUACCUGUUCAGAGUCAUGGCUUAAUUUUAAUAUUUUAUUUGUAUAUUGAUUUAAAUUUUGCCUUGUUUUCAAGUGUACUGAUUUAUUAUAUUUAGUCUAAUUUAAUGUGGUAACAUUUUCUGAUUUCUGUUUAGUGGUAGCAUACCCUAGAACUGAAAAAUGUCGAAAGUAAAGCUUUCUAGACUUUGGGAACUAAUGGUUUGACUUUUUUUUUUAACCUUUUUCUUAGUGAUUCUGUACAGGUAGAGAAUAAGCUUUUUUUAUUUUUUUUUAAACAUAAUUCAUAAUCAGUAACAUGGGAACAAAGGAGACAUAAAAUAGUAUGGAUGCUUUGUGGGGUAUGGAUGUGGGUGGGGUGGAGGGAAAGUUAUUGAAAAACACCUUUUACCUAAAGCACAUUUUGCCUGAAUUUCUAUCUUGGUUAUAUAGUUCAGCUGUCUAUAUUAAAGGUAAUUCUUUUAAGUCUUGUUUUGAAAAGAAGCAUAUUCAGUACUUCUGUAACCAUUCUUAUUAUGAAAUGAUUAUCUGCCUUCUACAUAGUAUGAUUGGCUGGCUCAAUUUUCCUCAAGCAAAUUAUAUGUUUAUUUUUUGUAUUACCACAUCAGCAUUAUAUCAAAAGUGUUUUUACUAGUCAAUUGUAUUUUGUCAAACAACUACUAGUAUAUACUCAAAUUUGCUAUUUAAUUUUUAAGAUACAAUUUAUUUUGUUUUCUAAAUUCUUUUUUAAAAUAUGUUAGUUUUGCACUAGAAAUGAUUUAUGUUAACUGUGUGUUGAAGAUGAAAUCAGCAUGCAACUAGAUUUUGUGCCAAAAUCUGUGUUUGAACGUUGAUUGACUGAACAUUUUGUAAAAGUUCAACCAGGAAAUUUAUGUAAAAUUUUUUAAAAGUAUUUUAUAAGUUCUCUUUAGAUACCUUUUGUUACAAUAGUAUGAAAGCCAGUUAUCUUUUACUCCAAGAGAAUGUGCUGACUCACACAGGUAUCCAGUACUGAAGCGCCAAUUCUGACGUUCAUGGUAAACCAGUUACGCAGUACUGCCGGGUGAAAAAGGCGAACUGUAAUUCAUUAGUGCCUUUCUUCGUAUUUUGAGAUAAAUUCUCAAUUUGAUACUAUGCCUGUUCUUUGGAGGUCAGAUUAUCAGCUGAGUCAUUGCUGAUCAUGUGAUCGGCACUUCGCCCUCCCCUUCAGCCUCGCACGCUGCCUCCCAAGGUCUCUCCUAAGUAUUGGAAAGCAACGCAGCUGCCUACUUACCCUCAGGAGGUUAUUCCACAUUAUGUUUUUAGUUUGAGAAUAGAGAAAUUAAAUUUUAAUGGUAAUCUUUUCAAUAUAUUGUUACAACUUAAAUAGAAAACUACCCUGUAAAUUCAAAUCUGGCAUCUUUCCUAAUUUUGAAUAUGUUACUUUCUUCAUCUUUUAACCCCACCUCUGCUCUUAUUGAUGCUCGUUUGAGGACUCUCUUAGUAUUUAACAGGCCCUUUUACAAGAGAUAUUCUUCAUUUUUUGAAUUGUGAAUUAUUAAUCCCUUAAAAUCUGGAAUAUUAAUGUAAAUGUCUAUUAAUCGAUUAAAAAUUGAUUAAAUAUGUAAUUUUUGCUUUUAGAUUCUUGUGUUACUAUGCUUUAAAGGUAUAAUUACUCAUAAAAUUUGUUAGAAAAAAGAAUAAUAAAUCUGUAUUCCAUUGCUAAAAAUAAUUUCCAGGUGGGCACCAGCACUGUGGCCACAGGCACUGCGAUGCCGUUCGGCGCAGCCUGGUCUGUCUGAGAAUCUGCUGCGUGCAGAGAAGGCGUUUUCCUCUGGGUGUGGGCAGCUCCGUGGACCGCCUUCUCCAAGGAGCUGUGUGAAGUCACGAAGCAGAAAAUUUUAAAGAAAACUAGAAGAUUUUUUAAAUCCUGUUGGUCUAAGUAUGUUAGGGCACAUUAUAAACAGAAUUGUUUCCCCCAGCACUCUCAACUGAGAACCUCCUCAGUGGGGAAAAUGCUGGUGUUAAUGCCUAGAGCUGGGUAAAUUUCAUUGGCAUUUAUUUUUGGAAACCACUUUGGGUCCAAAAAAACUCCACAUCCAGCUCAAUUCUAAAGGAUCUUUUGCAUUUUGUCAGGGUUAGUCACUUCGAGAUGCAGCAUGUGUGGUAUAAAGACUCUCGGGCUGGCCUGCCUCUAAAGAAGUCGGUCCCAAUCUUCCCUUGGCCAUUGUCCUCUUGGCCUUAGAUACUUUUAAGUUCCUUCUUUCCUAAACUGAGGAACUUACACUAGAGCUCUAACAUGUCUUGGUUUUAAAAUCCUGAAUCCUUAUAUGCUAUUAUUAAAAUUGGAAAACCUGGAAUAUUGUAAGGAAAGACAUGUAAUGUGAAGUUAAAUUCCUUUCUAGUAUUUGAAUCUCACCUGCAUUAUCAUUUCAUUUAGUAAAAGAAUACAAUCAAGUAGGAAAACAAAAAGUAUCAGUUACUGGGUAUUCAACUUGAAUAAUAGCUAUUGACAACACAAAAGAGAAAAUAAGCCAUAUUGCUAAGAAAUUGAUAUUCUUGUAAUGUGCCAGUAUGUGUUGGCGGAAGCACUUCUGUCCCACUUGCCUUGCUCACUUUUCCGGCUUUUGCUGCUGGAACGACAUGGUUCGUCUGUGUAGUCUGUUGGCUUCAGGUGCCCCCUGCCACACAUGACAGUUCUGUGUGAUGCCCCAGUGUUGAAAAGUGUGUUACAGCCACAAUGUCAGUAUUUUAAAUAUUCAUAAAUCUGAAGGUGGUUUGCAGUCAGGAUUAGUUUUUUUUUUUUUUUUUAAUAGUCUCAUCCUAAUCCAGUUAGUGUUCAUUUGAAGACUGAAAUCCAAAAGUCACAUUCCCAGAAAGUAUCUUUUAAGAGCUCCGGGUGAUCAAAGAUAGAGAUGGCCAAUAUGAAAAUUAUUUUCAACUGCUCAAUUUCACCUUUAAAGUAGAAAAAGAUACUGUGUUCAGCAGACCUACAAAGAAUUUUAAAUGCAUAUGGUUUGCGAAAUACUUGGGAGAUGUCAGUUUGGAGAUUCAGGUCCAAACACUUGAAGCAUAAGUCAAAAUACUUGAAACAAAGACUGACAUGGGGUAGAAAAUCUUCAAAAGGAUAUUAGCCAGUAGAAAAUUAGAGUGAAAACAGUGCAUCCCCAACCCCACCCCCCCCACCACCAUUGGAGGCACUUAAAAUUACUAGAAAUUACAGUCUUCUACCGUAGAUCUGAAUGGCCUCUGUUAUUUUUAAUGUGGCCACAGAACGUAAAAGCUGAGUUGGCUUUAAGAAUUGGGGAGUGUAGUCGCUUAGAUGCAUCUUUUUCUUACUUUUUGUUUACCAGAAAGUUGCAUAUUCCUAUGGAAUGGGAAAAAAAUAAAAUGUUUUUUGCAUAUCUUUUGAAAUAGAAAGUAAAGUCCUAAAAACAAAUUCUUGUGCAUAAACUUGUAAGAUUUUAAUUUAAGAAUUACCUCAAUUUUCAAUCCAUAAGGUGCUUUGCUCAGUUUGUGGAAUGUUGCACCAUCCCAUAAAUGCUCCCUUUUCUCCCAAACUAAUUGAAAUAUGCAAUAUUCACAAUUAAGGAAUGGGAUUUUGUUUUUUUAGUUGUUUACCACCAGCAGAACUAAUGCGGUAUGUCACAUUUGCAAAUGGUCUUCAUUAAAGCACAUGGCAAGUGCUUAGUCAAUAUUAAAUUGUUUUUAUUAAACCAUUUUAAGGAAAAUUUCUAAAAUUUGAUCAUAUUACACUGUGAAUAUAUUUCCAUUAGUGCUGGUGAGAUAUCAAAUGACUAUCAGUUGAUCUGGAUUAAAUAUUAUUUAUUUGUGUGUUUUAGCCCUAGUCACAAGAAAGACUAUAAUCAUUUUAAUUUUACAUUUUCCCUCAGGAAAUUUCAUGGACUGUGCAGCUCCUAUUUGUUCUCUUGGAGUAAACUGUUCAGUGUAAUUAUAGAAACUUAAUUUUGAUUUUAAAAAAAAGUUGAGCUGCUAUUUCAUUAAGAGUGUGAAAUAAAAUGAUGGUUUUCCUUUUUCCGAUUAUGUGAUAUGUAGAAUUUUUAAUCCCUAUUCGUCUGUUUCACAGAGCAUGGUUUCAAAAAACAGACAGCAAAAUUGAAAAGCAGGUACAGCCUUGCUCUUGCGUUUCUCUUCAAUCAGGAUAUCAUUUAUGCUGUAAUCGCCCCUGGCCAUCUGAACAGCACUUGGUGCUUCCGAGCAUUGAAGAGGAGGCGACAGAUGCUCUGUUCUGUGUACUUUCCAUCGUCUGAAUGCGCAGCUGCUAUAGCGUGUGUUCUCAGAGUUACGGUCAUUUAAGAUUUAGGUGAAACUGGUGUUACGCACCAGGCUUCAGCCUGUCUGAGAAGGUCUCGCAAGAGCGUGGCUUCUCAGCCUGGCCGAAUCGAAAACGGUGCUGAUAAGGUCCGAGCUAACAAAUUGCGUCUUUGUGUGGUCCUCGGUAUUGUACAGAGGGAAAAUAAGUCUUUCAUGCUACAAACUAUGCUUCUAAUCCCAACCAGUUGACUGAAAUGUGUGCCAUUGGUCCAACAGAUUAAAAGAAGCAUUAGUAAAAUGAAAAGAGCAAACAAAUUAUUCAGUGCAUAUAUGUCAUCACUACUUGAAAAUGGUUCAAAGCUUGUUCUAAUGGUCGGGCUGUUUAAAACGCAUGUUUUAAAAGUGUCAGUAGCUCAUGACUGUCAUAAAAUUCCUAUUUUGUAUGUUUAGGUUGCCAGGACUCAUAAUUUUUUACUCUGCAGUUAUGUCAUGAUGGGUUGCUGCUGCAUGCCUAUUUACCCAAGUAAAAGGGUGCUGUUUGCUCUGGAAUGCUCAUCUUGUAGACACUUGGGCAAUCGUGGUGCAAUACAGUGUAACAUUCAUGUGUUUUUGUUCAACAGUUUUAUUUUUGUCGUAAUAAAUAAUUUUGCAAUAUGAA